AGGAGAUAUGUACGAGUACAUAAGCAGCCCCCUUACAGCUCACUAACCGUGCCAUUGACAUUAUUGCUUUUCUAUCCUCGUAUCAAUUCAAGCUAUCUAUCAAUCACGUUGCUUUUUCGGCACUCCUUGCAUGACAUCCAGCCCUCAACGCCUCCUACUUAUUGCUUUGAUGCUUAUGUAGCAGACUAUUCUCACCGUCCUUUGGAAGCUUUCUUCGCACAUAUAUUCUCAAAACUCCACUCAAAACCGCCCAACCCAGAUUGUUAAGAAUCACUCGAACGUUUUCCAACAUGGCACAACCAAACCGCUUUUUGAUCUGGGGAGGAGAAGGUUGGGUUGCGGGUAUGUCUAGGACCCACUCAUACUGUAGAGCAUCUGAACCGUGCUAACCUAGUCGCUGCAGGACAUCUCAAGACCCUUCUCGAGAGCCAGGGAAAGAUAGUCUAUACCACUACUGUUCGCAUGCAGAAUCGUGAAUCCGUCAUUGCAGAAAUUGACAGAAUCAAACCAACUCAUGUCCUUAACUGUGCUGGCUGCACCGGACGUCCCAAUGUCGAUUGGUGCGAGGACAAUAAGGAAGAGACGAUUCGAAGCAAUGUUAUCGGAACGUUGAACUUGACUGAUGUUUGCUAUUUGAAGGGUGUUCACAUUACUGUCUUUGCUACAGGAUGUAUCUAUACCUAUAAUGAUGAGCAUCCAAUUGGGGGCCCCGGAUUUCUGGAGACUGAUCCUGCCAACUUUGCUGGCUCAUUCUAUUCGGAGACCAAGGCUCAUGUUGAGGAGGUUAGUACAAUACUUCGCACAAUGUUAGCUAUACACACUAACAACUACGCAGGUUAUGAAGACAUACAAGAAUGCUCUCAUCCUCCGACUUCGAAUGCCCGUCAGUGAUGACCUCCAUCCUCGAAACUUCGUCACCAAAAUUGCCAAAUACGAUCGCGUAGUUGACAUCCCCAACUCCAACACUAUCCUCCACGAUCUUCUCCCUGCCUCAAUCCUCAUGGCAGAGCACAAAGAUACCGGUAUCUACAACUUCACCAAUCCAGGUGCCAUUUCUCACAACGAGGUCUUGUCUCUUUUCAAAGAAUAUGUGAGGCCAGAAUUCACAUGGAAGAACUUUACACUGGAGGAGCAAUCCAAGGUCAUCAAGGCGGGACGAAGUAAUUGUAAGCUGGAUACUACGAAGUUGAUCAAGAAGUUGGCAGAGUAUGGAUAUGAGGUUCCCGAGAUCCAUGAGGCAUACAAGGGCUGUUUCCAGAGAAUGGCUGCUGGUGGCACCAAAUAGGUGGUGCAUAGGUAACAUGUAACAUGGGGCAUUUGCAAAAGCUGCUCUUUCACAUCUGUUAUUAUGAAAUGCAACUGGGGAUAUCUCCUCUCUACACUGCGUCUCAAAUUGAUGCACUUA